UAGUGCGAUUCACCGGAACCAGAAGAGAACGGAAACAAUGGUUCUUCUCAACCGCCGACUUCCUUCUCGUAAGAGGCCCUCCAGCACCUUUGUCCCCCCACUAGCCACUCCUCCGAAAAUCCUCAAAACCGACGUUUCCAUUGACGACGGAGUUGCUGCAUCUCCCGCCGUCUCGCCGCCUGCUCGGCCAUCAUCGGAGCAGACGGAUACCCUAACUCCGGUCGAAAAGAUGGCUUCCAUACUGGCUGAUGCUGGAUGUACUCUUAUUAAUCCUGCCGGACCGCCAUGCCUCCCAUCCGACCUACACAAUUUCCGCGCCCGUCUCCACCGUAACUUCUCCUCCGAUUCUUCUCUUCGCAACGACUUCCUUUCGGCUUUCUCUACUUACCUCAGUUCUCCAAACAACUUCCGGCGGGUAUUGUCCUUUUCAAAUCGAGACGGGUCUUACUCAGGUAGAAAUGAUAGCCUUGUUCGAGUUUUGUUACUAGUUCCUUGUAUCCAAUUAGAUCUUCAAGUUAUGUUACUUGAGAAGCUACCAGAGUAUUUUGAUGAUGAUGACACCAGCAGCAGUGUCUCGCCAUCAAUGCCAAGGCUCAUUCUAAACCAGUUCAGGUGGCUUGAUUUUCUGGUUGACUCUGAGGCAUUCUCCGAGAAAUUACUUCAGAUUCUUUCUGUAUGCCCUGUUUAUUUGAAGAAAGAGCUUAUUGGCUCGCUGCCUGAGAUUAUUGGCAAUCAGAGCAACAAACUGGUUGUAAGUUCACUUGACCAAAUGCUUCAAGAUGACUCCUCCAUCAUUCUGCCAGUGCUUGAUUCUUUCUCAAACCUCAAUUUGGAUGACCAACUACAAGAUCAGGCAAUCACAAUAGCAUUAUCGUGUAUUAGAACCAUCGAUUCAACGUAUCUCCCAUGCCUUCUAAGGUUCUUGUUUCUUUCCGCAACAUCUGCAAAUGCUAGAAGAGUUAUCACACAGGUCAGAGAACACUUAAAACUUGUUGGCUUAUCCACUGGGCCUACACAGAACAAUAAACUAAAGGGAAUGCUACCUGUUGAUAACGUGGAAGCUUCAAUUCUUGAUACCUUAAGAUCGAGUCUUCGUUUCAAAAGUAUAAUUUGUUCAGAAAUACUGAAAGAAUUGGGUUCCCUUAAAAAGGCCAGGGAUCAUAAGGUUAUUGACAUUUGGUUGCUUAUGCUCAUUUACAUGAAUGGGGAAUCUUUUCGAAAGAAUGUUGAGAAAAUGUUUAAGAAGAAAAUUGCAGAAGGCUGUAUAGUGGCCACCAUGUUUGACCAAUGCAUUUAUGGGAAAAAGGAAUUUGUACAGGAGUACUUCCCUGCAUUUCUAUCACUGUCCGAAUUCCUCUUAGCCUGCAAAGAAGAGAAGAUGAGGGAUUUUGGCAUUCAUAUUUACACAUUGCUGUUCAAGGAAUUUGUUGACACUUAUUCUAGACAAGAAGUUUUGAGUGCCCUAGUUAGCCAUGUCGGCUCUGGCAUUGUUUUUGAAGUGAGUUCUGCACUCGAUUCCUUAUUUAAGCUUGCUUCCCUGUAUCCAGAUCAGUUGAUCCCACUUGCUUCUCAUAUCAAUGGUAUCUUUGAUUACCUAGAGGCAUUCACUGUUGAUAAUCUGCACAAGGUUUAUGAAAUUUUUACUCUACUUGCACAUUUUGAACGCUGCAGCAAAACCAAUUCAUUUAGAUCUUCCAUAGCAGACGAACUGUUGAUGAUUGUAAGAAAGCAGGUCAGUAGUACAGAUUUAAAGUACAAAAAGAUGGGUAUUAUUGGAACUUUGAGAAUAAUUGCCUGCUUUGGGGAAGCAAAUAAUAGAGCCUGGCUGUUAUCUCAGAAUGUUGACCACGGAGAAGCUCUAGAACUCCUGAAAGUAUGCCUCAAUUCUUGCCAGCAGUUAUCCUCUCCAUUGAUCUUGCUUUAUGAUGAAUUGAUUUCUUUGUUAAAUCAGAAAACUCUUAAUCCCUCAAGCAUAGAAUGGAUAACUAAACAUGCUGCUGAAUUUGAAUCAACAUUUUUGUUGGAUCUCGAAAAAGGACAAUUGCCUAAUAAGGACUUGUAUUGUUGUUUAGAAGGAGAACUCUGGAUGAACUUGGAUGGUGACAUAUCUCCCAUUUGUUUGAACAUUUUGCCAAUGGUUUCUUCAUCACAACAGUCUUCUGUAUUACUACAAGUGCUCCCAGCCAAGUUUCUUCUACUCUCCACAAUUGAAAGAUUGAUGAAUCAGGGAAAUCUGAGUGGAAUUGAUGCAGUACUUGGUUGCCCUUUGCAUCUUCCAUCCUCUAAGAUCAUCUGUGAGUCAAGCUGGAACAACUUGUCAGGGAAGCAGAAGCAAGUUAUUUGUCUCUCUCUCUAUUAUGCAAUUAAUUGGAUAAGGGAGCUGCUUAAUGCUUUCUGCACACAAGUUGGGAAAUUCAAUGCUAUAAGCCAAACUAUGAAAGUGGAGAUCAUUUCCAAGCUAAUGAAGCGCUUACGGAACCUUGUAGUUCUGGAGGGUCUUUUGAACAAUUGCCUCAAACUGCAUCCUAUGUCUCUACCUGAACUCUCUCCUCAUAUGGAGAACUCUGCUGCUUCUUGUUUAACCCAGCCAAGCUUUUUGGAUUUGGAAAAGAGGACUGAGCAUAUGAAGAAUGACGAGGUUUCCUCCACUAUGAAAAAGAAGAAAAGUAAAAAAGUAUCUAAGGAAACUACUACAGACGCUAACAUGAAAGUUAGACAAAUGACUGUUGUUGAGUUAUUAAGGAAAGCAAAUAAGUUAACAAGCCAAGCUGAAAAUACCCGUGAUUCAUCUGGCAGCGCUAUUGACAGGCCAACUGACCCACCUGCAAAUCAAAACAAUGACUCCAGCAAAACUGUAACUGUAGAUAUCUCAGCAGUUGCUAAUUUAGUUGAAGCACAGAGAUACAAAUUCAGGCCUCUUGAUGUUGGAUGUUUUUCGAUCCUGGGUUUCUCAAUGGUUCAGAAUCAAGAUUCUGAUUGUGUUGAUUCUGCAAUUGAGCUACCCUUGCAUCUGUACCUACUGCGAGAGCUUCACUACAGGUUGGAUGCAUAUUAUCCUCCAAACAAGCAACUAUUGUCCAAAUGCUUGACCAGUUCACCUAGUUUGAGGAGUUUGACCAGGAUUGACUUCUUAAGCAAUAUUCGCCCCCUUUUUCCAAGCCUAAGGACACAUCUGUGUUCUGCGCUAGAUAUUCUUACACAAGGUAUUGAAUCCGAUGAGCAUUUUGAUACUGAGGUUGCUUCAUUUGGCAUCCCAAAUUUAACCCACAGGGUUGUUCUGAAGUCAGCAAUUGCUGGUUCAGUCUUCAAAGAAGCACUCAAUUGUUUUAUUAAGAUCAUAAAUUUACCUGGAAUUCUUAUAGAAAGAUCAAUGCUAUCAGAUCUUCUUGGGGCAUUUCAGCCCAGGGAGAUACCUUGUAGUUUUUUUUCUGAAAUGAAAGCAGCCCCUUUACCUGGGAGUAUCAACUACCUGUAUUGUGGUGCUUAUUAUUUCCUAGAAGAGCUUCUAGAGUCAGGAAUAUGCAAGUCAUUUAUGCUGGCUUCAGAAGUGCUAUUUACUCUUGAAUCACUACUUAUUUCUGCCAGGAAUUUUCUUCAUAAAUUGGAGGAAGAAAAUGAUAAAAGGCUUCAGAAAGGCCUUUCCAUGGAUUUCCUUCCAAAGCUGGACAAUAGACUCAGUACUUCUGCUUCAAAAAUAUUAAAGCAUGGCGUCAACAGUGACAGUUUAGACAAUAGUAAUGAUAAUGGAUGGAAGAGCAAGGGAGAGAGAGUUGGCAAGAUACUGCAUAUUUACCUGGUAAACAGUGACUCCACUUCUGACUUGCUGGAGGAGCUUGCUUGCUAUGUAUUACCUCAGGUUCCAACAGGCAGAGCAAGCAAAGGAAAUGAUGCUGAAGUGUUCCCAGCACUUAGUUCUGCUACGUUCCUUGUUUGGUAUCGUGUAUUGCAAGAAGAGAACCUAGUUGUUCUUAAAAAGCUGAUCAAGGAAGUCACUCUUAUAGGCAAACCUAGUUCAGCUGGUCAGCCAGAAGAUGCUGAAGUUCUUUUGAAAAACCUAGAGAAAUCUGUAAAUGUGGUAGUGUCUUUGGUUAAUUUGUGCAGGAUCCAUGAGAAGAUAACUGUGCAUGCUGUGGCCAUCAAAUAUGGUGGAAAUUUCAUGGAUUGCUUCCUCAAAGUUUUUGAUUUCUUGCAGAGUCAAUUCCAAAGUCACAGUGUUCUCAUUAUAAAAAUGGUGAGAGAACUUCAGAAAGCAACAAGAACACUGCAAACUUUAUGUUCUGAAGCAAAGGGUUUGAAGCAAACAGCCAUCACUCGCAAAAUUCCCGUAACAAAGAGAUCUCUGGAAAGUUUUUUAUUCCAUGUUAAGGCUCUUCUCCACACUACAACAAGUGGCUGCACUUUUUGGAUGGGCAAUCUAAAGCACAAGGAUUUGAUGGGUCAAGUGGUGAGCUCUCAAGUAUAUUUAGACUGUCAAGAUGAUGGUGAUUGUGAAGAUGGAGUAACUGCGGAGGAACAACCAAUAUCUGUGGACAGUUGUGAUUAAGAAAGGAGAAAAUCAUAUAUUAUGAGGUUCAUAUUUACACUAAACCAUCUCCAAACCCAAGUUUCUGAAGAUGAGGUCCAUAGAGAGCAAGUGUAUUUCAGUUAUGACCACUGCAACUCAAGCCCUGACUGAGAUGGUCAAAUUCAAAGAUGGUGUUAAAUCUUCCAAGUAAGUAUCAUGAUAAUAUAUUGUUGACAUUUUCAAUUUGUUGGUUUUCGUUGGAAUUGGUAGAGUGAUAAUUGAAAUAUUGGUAAUUCCAUGUACAUAAUUGUUCAAGAUAUGAAUAUUUUGUUCUUUAAGUAGAUUUAAGUUCAUAAGUACCAUUAGUUAAUUGAUACAUUAUAUGGUUUAAUUAAUAUAUUUUUACAA